AUGUUUUGUCAAGCUGCUCGAAGGUGUUCCAGGCCAGUGGCCACCACACUGAGGCUAGCCCGUCCCAAACGAAGCUAUGCCUCGACCGCCGGACCCAUGUUCGACUGGGAAGAUCCGCUCGCGACCAAGACGCUGCUCACAGAGGAAGAGCUAGCCAUCUCGGAGACAGCAGAGCGGUAUUGCCAAGAGCGCAUGCUGCCACGGGUGCUGCAGGCGUACCGAGACGAACACUACGAUGCCGCGAUCCUCACUGAAAUGGGCGAACUGGGACUCCUCGGUGCCAACCUUGAAGGGUACGGCUGCGCCGGCGUAUCUACAGUGGCCUCUGGCCUGAUAACACGGGCGGUCGAACGAGUAGACAGCGGCUACCGGUCCGGCAUGUCAGUACAAUCGUCCCUCGUCAUGGGCGGGAUCCACGCCUUCGGAUCCACCGAACAAAAAGAGAGAUUUCUGCCGUCCAUGGCUCAGGGGAAAAUGCUGGGUUGUUUCGGUCUGACGGAGCCGAACCACGGCAGCGACCCGGGGAGCAUGGAGGCCACGGCGCGACCGCAUCCAAGCAAAAGCGGCUACGUGCUUCUCAGCGGUGCCAAGACGUGGAUCACGAAUAGCCCUAUCGCGGACGUGCUCAUGGUCUGGGCGAAGAUGCAGGAGACGGGUAAGAUACGGGGGUUUCUCGUCGAGCGGAAGAAUUGUCCGACUGGAACGCUGGAGACGCCGCCAAUCAAGAACAAGAACGGGCUGAGGGCCAGUAUAACGGGCAUGAUUCAAUUAGAUGACUGUCCUGUACCGCUUGCCAACAUGUUCCCCGAUGUUGAGGGCCUUUCCGGGCCGUUCACCUGCCUUAACUCGGCUAGAAUGGGCAUUGCGUUUGGCGUCAUGGGGGCCCUGGAGGACUGUCUGGCACGAGCGCGGACGUAUGCACUGGAGAGGAGGCAGUUUAAGAACAACCCGAUUGCCAAGUAUCAGCUCGUUCAGAAGAAGCUUUCUGAUGCCGCCACGGAUGCCUCGUAUGGUGUCUUGGCUGCGAUCCAGGUGUCACGGCUGAAGGACGAGGGGAAGGCAACGCCCGAGAUGAUCUCUUUGAUUAAGCGGCAAAAUUGUGAUCGGGCACUGGUGAACGCGCGGACACUGCAGGAGAUAUUUGGUGGGAACGCGGUGAGUGAUGAGUAUGCGAUCGGACGACAUGUGGCGAAUCUCUUCGUUACCCAGACUUACGAGGGGCAGAGUGAUAUUCAUAGUUUGAUUCUGGGGAGAGCGAUCACUGGGAUCCAGGCGUUUGUAUAA